AUGGCCGACCGGCACGUCGUGCAGCGCACGGCGCUCAUUGUAGGUCUUGGCAACUAUACACACCCUACCACGCGACAUUCGAUCGGUCAGUAUGUACUGCCUCCCCUUCUAGAGUGCGUGCAAGCCCACGACUCGCGCGUGCGCGCCCACCUAGCGCGGACGGUCACGCGCUUGCCACCUGAAGCCCCGCGCUACACGCUGCCACCGCCCACGCCCAUCGAGCCUUUUACGCUCAGCCGAAAGGCUCAAGGAUGGCUUGCACAUGCAUGCGUUCUGCUCGACUCACUGCCACCGAAGGGCGCAUCUGCGCGCCGCGCGCCCGGCUUCCGCGUGGACGCGUGCCCGUAUGUGCACAUGCAUCUGGUCCUCUACAUCCCCCGCCUCCUGAUGAAUGUCAACGGCCUGGGCGUGCGUGCAGUGCUUGCGCAACUUCCGGAGCUCGGGAUCACUGAUACCCUCCUUGUGCACGACGAACUCCAGCGUACUUUUGGGCAAGUGGCGUUCAAGGCUGGCGGCAGUGCAGCUGGCCACAAUGGUGUGCGCAGCGUGCAAGACGUACUUCGCUGCCACGGCACCGUGCGCCAAGAGCCCGACAUUGCACGUGUGCGCAUCGGCAUCGGACGCCCCGCGGACGGGCGAGUCAGCGAGUAUGUCCUCGGCCCUAUGCCGCCCGAAUGGCGCGCGGCUUGUGAGGCCCAGGUCAACACGGACCCUGCCUCGACGCGUCACGCGCAGUCUGCCGCGCCCGUCCUGCAGGCCGUGUGGCAUCAUAUACAGCAGUGGUGCCUUGCACGUGUCGCAGCUACGUAG